CGCGAAGGGAAGCUCCUCGGGACGCGAGGUGGGAGGGUACUUCCGGUCCUAAUCCUCUGAGGAGCUUCAGGAGCAGCAGCAGCUUUAUCAUCAUGCGGGAGGGCUUGCUAGGCCGGGCCGGAGCCGCAAGCAGGCCAGCAGGAUACGCCUCGGGCACAAUGGAUGUUGUGGCAGGAAUCGAAGUUGGAGCUGAAAUUGAAGUGACCGAAGAUGGAAUGCUGGAGGAAUUGCCUUUACAUUUGGAAAAUGCCAAGAAUUACCUUUCCUGGGAAUCUUUGGAUGUCUCCAGCAGUGACGAUGAUGGAGAGGGCUAUUUCAGCUUCUGCUUGCCUGUGAGACGUCCCUCCCGGCCUGUAGAGCGGCCACCAGUUCGGCGCCAGCAGGUCCAGCGUGCGCCACCCCAGCGGCCACCAGCCCCACCCUCUCCUGUGAAGCCACUAGAUUAUGAGAACUGGCUCCCUCCCAUGUACCCCUGCCCAUUGGUCUCAGACAUUCCCUCUCCCCCAGUGCUUGGUGCUUACCAGUGCCAGAAGUGCCUGCAGGUGUUCAUGGAAGAGUGGCACUAUCUCCAACACCUCCAGGAUCACAUUCAGGAGGAAAUACAGCUACAGCAGGCAGUGCUGCAACAGCAGCAUCAACAACAGCAACAGCAGGCAGCGCUGCAACAGCAGGCAGCGCUGCAACAGCAGGCAGCGCUGCAACAGCAGGCAGCGCUGCAACAGCAGGCAGCGCUGCAACAGCAGGCAGCGCUGCAACAGCAGGCAGCGCUGCAACAGCAGGCAGCGCUGCAACAGCAGGCAGCGCUGCAACAACAGACAGCGCUACAACAACAGCAGCAACCCCAACCUCAGCCUCACUCUCCACCGCGAAAGCUUCGCUGCCUGGAGUGUGGCAAGCGGUUCCUGCACCCUGAGCACUUUGCUCGCCACACCAAGUGGCAUCUGAAGCUGGUGCGCAAGGGCAUCAAAGUCUGUCACAGGAAAGGAAGCCGGCGCUCCUCCCAGAUUUCCUAUGUUUACAAGCCCCUUACUGAAAACCCAUCUGUAGCAGGGGGGGAUGCUUCUGGCCCCCCAGUUUCCCAAGAGAGUCAGAAGCAGCCAAGAGGUGUCUUGAAGGCCAACAGGCGAAAGGCCCUCAAGCACCAUAAAAAGUUGGUUCCCGAGGCUUCACAGGCUGAGGGUCUGCUCGGAUCCACCUUCCCAGAAAAUUCUGUUGCCAUCUUGGAUGGAGACGGAGGUGUCAAUCUCCUGCAGCCAUGGCAGAAGCAGGAUGCUAUCUUAGAAGGUCAGGUGGCGGGGACGGUCUAUCAGUCAGCAGUCCUGAAUGCUGAAAAUCAGAUAAUCAUUGUGGAUGAUGCUGGGGCAGAAGCUGUGGCUGUUGCGCCAGAUCAUCGCUACACUGAGUUACAGGCUGCUGUCUUUGAAAGCCAGGGGAACAUGAAUGAGGUGAGGCCCCUCUUCCUCCAGGCUGAAGAGCAAGCAACUCUCCUGGAUAACCAAGCAGGCUUGAAUUCCUUGCAGUUAGAAAGCAUCAAAGAUCAGGCAGUCAUAGGAGCUGACUGGGCAGGCCAGAAUCCUUGUACUCUUUUUAGGACUGUGCUCCUACAGGCUGAGGAGCAGGCAGCCACUGUGGACAGCCAAAUGGGGCCCAGUCCCCUCCAACAGGUGAUCAUCAAGACCUCAGAGGGGUCGCCCACUUUUUACUUGGACUCAGACCCUCACCUGUCUUCCCUGGACCCAGCAACUGUCCAUUUUGUCCCUGUAGAUCAAGAGUCUCAGUUUGUAACAGUUCCAUAUGGAAACACACUGACCUUGGAGCCAACAGAUGAAGGAGAGAAGACUUGGGAGUCCCAAACAACAACCUUUCAGUUGCCAGGUGACCUUCAAAACUUGCAGCAGCAAAACAAGCAGCUGUCUCCUACUGUGACCACUGACCAGUCAACCAAAGGUCCAAUGAUUGUCCCUUUGGUGCCUGGUACUUCUGGGGACCACCCUGAGGUCUUAGACCUGGAGUACGAUACAGGAGGUGGCAUUCCAGUCGCCUCUGAGCCUUGGGAGGCUUCUGUGAGAACUGGGCAGGAAGGUUACCACACUGAGGAGGUGAUGGAGAAUAAUGUGAUUGUUGUGGAGAUAGAAGAAGAGCAGUGCAGCCAAGGGUCUGUGGUGAGCCGCCCGCACAAAUGCUCCCGCAAGCGGGCCUUCCAUAGAACUAGAAAAUCCAUCAUUAAAAAGCGCCUUGGGUGCUUUAAGUGUCCCGACUGUAGUGUUUGCUUCAACCGGGUAUCUCAGCUCCGCACCCAUCGAAAGAGGCCAAAGCGCCGAGGACGGAGCUACCUGUGUGAAUGUGGGGCUUCGUUCCAUGGCCUGCUGCAUCUCCUGCGUCACCAGCUCCAGCACCUGGCAGAAGCUCUCUUUAUCUGCUCAACCUGCGGAAAGUCCCUCCAAGGCCACCAACAUCUGGCGAAACAUGGCACCUGCAACCCCGGCCCAGCCGUUUUCAGCUGCUCUUGCGGAGUCAGCUUCCGACGCUUGCCGCGCUACCUUUGGCAUCAUGUGAGGAGCCAGAAGCCCGGCCUAAGGGUUUACACACUCUCAGGUUUCCUCUCUUCAGCCUGAAGUGGGACAACAGUCGUGUGGACUUGGGAUGAGAGGGAGGGAAACCAUGAACUUCUUGACUGGAUGUCUGGUUUUGGAGAUGGGAUAGGACAUGAGUAUGCGAGGCCUUCUUCUGGGGAGCAUUUAGUCAGAAAUGGUUUAUCGUUUGUGAAGCAUAAGGAAUAGGGAUGUUUUGAGUUGAUUAUUUCCAGUGUUAAUGAAGAUUAUGGUAAUUAAACUGAAGAUUCUGAUCCCUGA